UAUUGUUGUAGGUUUGGCCGGAUCCACCAAAUAUUGAUGAAAUUAUGAGUGAAAUUGAUUGCCAUGGUGACUGGGACUGUGAAGUUGAGCAUUACCGUGCACAUACUGUGUUUCCUGACUUCAUGAAACCAGAAACGCGACAGUGGUGGUAUGAUAUGGUGACCGAUUUUCACCACACUAUUGCAUUUGACGGCCUCUGGAUUGACAUGAACGAAGCAGCCAAUUUUGUCACCGGAUCGACACGAGGUUGUGAUUAUGAAGAUCCAUUAGAAUCUCCGCCGUAUUUACCUAAAAUAUUCGGGCCCGUUCUUGCCGAUAAGACCAUAUGUAUGGCUAGUUUAUCACAUAACACAGAUACUACGAAAACAUACCAAUAUAAUAUGCACAGUUUAUUCGGAUGGAGCCAAAACGCCCCAACUCUUACGGCUGCAAGACAAUCCACGGGUAAACGUUCUAUAGUGGUGUCACGUUCAACGUUUCCAGGCAGUGGUACAAACUCGGGUCAUUGGUUGGGAGAUAAUACUAGUAUAUGGCCUCAUAUGCACAAAUCGAUAAUAGGCAUGUUGGAAUUUAACUUGUUUGGUGUGCCGUACAUCGGUGCAGACAUAUGUGGAUUCUUUGAAGAUACCACAGAAGAAUUAUGUCUACGUUGGACACAGUUAGGUGCAUUCUAUCCAUAUGCCCGUAACCAUAACAGUCUUGGAAAUAUUCCUCAAGACCCAGCUGCAUUUGGACCGGAAUUUGCCAGUUAUGCAAGAGACGUGUUGCACGUGCGAUACACUUUGCUGCCAUAUUUGUACACGUUGUUUUUUCUGGCAAAUCAACAAGGCGAAACUGUAGUCAGACCACUCAUGCAAGAAUUUACCAGUGACCUAAUGACUAGGACGAUUGACAGACAAUUUCUAUGGGGACCUGCAUUAUUGAUUUCACCAGUGUUGGACGAAGGGGCGGUAACUGUCGAGGCCUACAUGACAGAUGCGCGAUGGUUCGACUACUAUACUGGAGCUGAAGUACCAACUCGUGGCAAAUACACCACAUUGAACGCACCCCUUGACUAUAUACCGUUGCAUGUAAGAGGUGGUUACAUUAUACCAACACAACAACCAGCCAAUACUACCGUAAUAAGUCGGCAACUACCGAUGGGUCUUAUUGUAUCACUUGAUGACACAUAUACUGCUUCUGGUUCACUAUUCUGGGAUGAAGGAGAUACCAUUGACAGUAUCGAAUCAAAUGAUUACUUUUUGGAACAAUUUACCGCUACAAGUAACCAAGUCAAUAGUAUUAUAAUGAUGAAUGCUUACGUCAUGGAUCCCCUAGUUUUAGAUGAUGUUUAUGUUUAUGGUUUGGAGAAUACCGACAUUACCAGAGUGCUUUUGAAUGGUGUAGAGCUAAAUAUAGAUAAUUGGAGUGUGGAUGCUACACUUAAUGUACUCGCUGUUAACAGCAUGGGGCAUCCAAUGGACGAAACUUUAAAACUUAUGUGGGAAUAAGAAUAUCUGAUGAGGACACAACUAUGUCACAAUAUUGAUUAGAAACAUAUAACAAAUCAAUAAUAAACUAACUUUUGUAAUUGAUAACAUUAAUGAUCAAGUAAAUACAAUUUACAAUGUUCGAUUUCAAUCAAAUAUAAAGAUAUUUGAAAUGUAUGAAAGAAUCUAUGUUUGAGUACUAUUUAAUUUGUAAAUAUUUUAUAUGUGUCAGUUUAUAAUUAAAGCCACGGAGUGGUGACUAUUUAGAAAA